AGGUGCGUUAGGGAGGGGGCGGUAUAGCCCAGAUCAGUUCCGAGGUCGCAUUUCCACUGCCGACAGUACCCUUUGUGGUAGGCCGGAUGUUGAUCGCUGCGGCAGCUAGGUAAACAUCGUGACAUUAUGGCAGCGCGACACAGUGUAGCCUGCUCAAUAAAAUCAAUGGAAAAGUUGAACGCGACAUAUUAAACCAAGAGCUACCAUGGAAGUCGUCCAGCAACAGUUCCUGAACUUUAUGCCUUUCAUAUGGCAGUUAAUCAACUUCCGAAUGCAAGCUUUGUUUGACGAAAGUUUGGGACAAGAGCAGCCGAAAAAAAACAGAAAUUUUUGGAGCUGAUUCAGGAUGCAACCGAUAAAAGCAGCAAAGGCGACGACGUAUACGGAUGCUUCAGCUGUUGCACAUUCACAGCCACAGGCCAACAGUUUGGUCUUUCAGCCGAGCCAAUACCUGGUGGGAAUCGAUUGUUCCAGCAUUCACCAACAGACAGUGGGUGGAUAACUUCAGGAUGUCAGAAGAAACAUUCAUGUACCUCUGCAACAAGAUGCGUCCAGCGCUGCAGAGGCAGGACACAAACUUUCGCGUGUUUGUCCCCCUAAAGAAAAUAGUUGCCAUCGCACUGUGGAAGCUGGCAACCAACGGUGAAUACAGGAGCAUAGGCCAUCUUUUCGGUGUGAGCAGAACGACUGUUUGUCGAUGUGUGCAACAGUUCUGCAAUGCUGCCUGCAAGGUGUUGGCUCCAGAAAUGAUAUGUUUUCCUGACCAGGAGAAACUCAAAGAAAUGGCAGCCUACAUUGAGCAGAAGUGGGGCCUUCCGCAGUGUGUUGGUUCCAUUGAUGGGUCACACAUACCCAUUAUAGCCCCACAGGAGUGCCAUGUUGACUACUUCAAUAGAAAAGGCUGGCAUUCUAUCAUCCUUCAAGGUGUUGUGGAUGGAAAAGGACUGUUUUGGAGCGUGUGUGCAGGAAUGCCUGGGAGUAUGCAUGACGCUCGAGUUUUGAGAACGUCCGGAAUGUGGGAAUUAAUGGAGCGUGGAAGACUUUUCCCAGCCUGUACCAGGAACAUUUACGGGGCAAAUGUGGGUCAUUUCAUUCUAGGGGACUCUGCCUAUCCGUUGCAGAACUGGCUCCUCAAAGCAUUCCCUGACACCGGCCGGUUGAGUGCAGAACAACUGCUGUACAAUAAAAGAGUCUGCAGGGCCCGUGUUGUGGUGGAGAAUGCAUUUGGAAGACUUAAGGGGAGGUGGCGUUGCCUUCUGAAAAGGAAUGAUAGCAGCAUCGAACUGGCCAAAACGAUGAUUGUGGCUUGCUGUGCCCUCCACAACCUUUGUGAGAAACAUGCAGAGGACUACCAGACUGAACUGGGCAUACCUGCAGCUGUGGCAGCAGAGCCUAUGGUGCCACUUGCACAGGGGGCAGAAGAGGAGGGUAGGGAAGUCAGAGAGGGUGUGAUGCGCCAUUUGAACAUUGAAAUAUAAAUGCAGAUUCAAGUUUUGACCAGCUGGCAGUUUUGUACAUGUAUAUAUUUUACAA